GCCGAAGCCUUCGAACGGGAGGGUCUACGUCCGAGUUCCGACGAGCGCCCGCUUGUCAGCAAACGCGACAGACGACUCUCGUUAAUUCGUCUCGGUUUCCUUUCUCAAUUCGAUCGCAUAGUUGCUUCCCGGAUUUCGACUCUCUCCGUCCUCGAUCGCUUCGGUUCGCGUCCGCGAAAUGGCAUCGACGCAGUGAUCGAAUGUCGGUGCGCGCGAUCGCUCCAACUGUCGAAUUGUUUUUGGGAUUUGCGUGAACUUGUGCCUCGACAGCGCGCUUCUUUCGCGAGGGGACCGAGGGGUCGCGAACAGGUGCUGCGACUAGUGUGAACAUAGUCGCAGGAGUCAUGGGGGCGUUCGUAUUCGCGCUCGUCGCGGCGAUCGCGACGGUCGUUUUCGCGGAACCGAAAGACCUAGCGAGGUCGAAGGUGACGGUCCUCAAGUGUUGCCCAUACGGCGAGGAACUGCAAGGACCGGACGGCGACACGCACGACAACGCGUUACUGCGCUGCGUGUCAGCGUCGGACAAGUGGAUGCCGUUGAUUUACUCGAAGGAACGGCAGACGCUCGAUCAUGCUGACGCUGGGAACUUACCCGCCGAGUGGCACAUCGUCGCCGGUCGGCGACCAAAAUGCGACGACCACCGGGAGCUGAUCCACGUGCCCUUCCGGCAUGUCAACCCGUUUAUCCUGUUCAACGACGGUAACGCGGUGCUCGACCUCAGCAACGUCGAGGAAACCUCCUAUUCCGCCAGUCACUACUGCGCCGAUUCGAAUGCCAUGCUCGUGUGCAUGCCGAAGAAAUCGGUGGGCAAUCACGCCGCCGCGACCAUGAGGCCGCGAGUGCGACGUUGCUGCGGCGAGAACGCCAGCUUCCACGAACACGGAAAUACGUGCGUAUUCAUAAAAGAGACGGUGGACGCACCGCCUCUGCUCCCAAACGUAUCAUCCGCUGUCGAGAUUGUGACCGGUUUCCCGACCUGCCCGAAAUCCGAUAAUUUCACGAUUGUCGGAAACGCGAUGGACGCUGCGCUACAGCCCGAUGGCAGCCUGGAGAUAAACGGGGUCAUUUUACCUAGCAGCCAGUUUUGCAUCGAGAGGAUUAAGGAACUCAAUCAGAUCGCCAAGGUGUUUGCCUGUUCGGAGCACGCACCACAAAGACCUGGGGUGAAAGCGACGGACAUCAGAUUCACCCUGUAUCCCGUGGGCUUCAUCAUUAGCGCCGUCUUUCUGGCCGCCACCUUGGCGGCCGGUUGGUUACUACCGGCCUCUCAUCACGUUCUGCAUUGGCGUUGCCAGACUCAUCAUGUCGCCUGUCUGAUGAUGGGCGAUAUUCUCAUGGCCAUCAUUCAGCUUGCCGGGGAAUCCCUUCUCCUGCAUGGUGCAAGCUGCAAGGCGCUCGCGAUCAUGGCGCACUUCUUCUUCCUGGCUGCUUUCUUCUGGCUGAAUACGAUGUGCUUCAACAUCUGGUGGACGUUCAGGGAUUUGCGACCAGUGAGUUUGGAGAAAGGUCAAGAGACCCUCAGGCUCAGAGUCUACGCCUGCUACGCCUGGGGUGGGCCCUUCCUCGUCGCCGGUCUGGCCGCGCUCCUGGAUCAUCUACCGCCUCAGCCGCAGUACACAUUUCUGAGGCCCCGCUUCGGCGAGAGGCAGUGUUGGUUCUAUGGUGACAUGGAAAUCUUGGCGUAUUUCUUUGGACCGAUUGGAGUGCUCCUGGCUGUAAAUCUUAUAUUUUUCGCCGUAACUGCUCGCGAAUUGACGUGCGGUCUCUGGAAAGGCGAAUUCGUGAAAAGUACUACCGAGAGAGCGACGCUGGGCCGCAUAUGCAUGAAACUGGUGAUCGUGAUGGGUGUCACCUGGGUGGCCGACGUUGUCUCAUGGGCUGUCGGGGGGCCGCAGUACAUUUGGUACUUCACCGAUCUGAUAAACGCCUUCCAGGGAGUGCUGAUCUUCGCGGCGGUCGGCUGCCAGCCGCAGGUCCGAGCGGCGCUCAAGAGAUACUUCAACAGGAACCCGCAAACCAACGCCGGCAGGCAGGGUAACGGCCACAGCACGACCAGCCACGGGAUGCCUAGCAUGGGCGAUAGCGUAACGCAAAACCCGAGCACCAAAACCGCGCCGUUGGAGACCAUCUGCUAAGAUGGUACACCGCGGUCGGUCUUCCGUCGCUUGGAAGUCUCGCGUCAGUCAUCAAGUUGCGAAAGUCGCUCGAACACGCUUGUCGUCGGUCGCCCCGUUGGUCGAUAAGCGCGCGACGAGAGCAAUCCGAUUUCAAUCGUGAUUGAAGCUACCGAGAGUUCGGCUCGCGGCUGCAAUUCGUCGCCCUCGGAGAAGUUUCUGAAACUUACACGGCGACGAGCGAAAGGGUCGUAACGGGGGAACCUAUAUGAAUGGUCUCCGUUCACCGGGAGACUAGCGAUUGCACUUUGCGUCAAUGACAGCGUCACAAACGGUCUCUUUCGCUUCACUUUUUCUUCGCGAGCGAGGUAUCGUGUUGACAAGCUUCGCGUAUAUCGGCGAUACAAACGAGGCAUUGCCGUGAUAUUAUAUAAUAACGCCGUAUAAUAACGUCGGAAUUAAUCGACCGAAGGAUAUUUCCGCAGGAUCGAUUCGGUAAGAGGCCUCCCGUCGGGUUCGUCGACCCGCAAAGCUUGAGAGACCUCGCUGAAAAUGUUUUCUUAUUGACAUUUCCCAGACAAUACGCGAGUUCGAGGGAAGCCCGGGAAAUGUCUGGAGAACACCCGAAAGUGUUUAGGACGCCUUCCGAACGUAUUUUAGACAUGUUUUGUACUUUCUCGCUGUUUGAGUUCUUCUUGCGAAACGCGAUAGCGCAAUUUCGUGCAGUAAUACGGAGAGAAAUUAUUUACGCUCCGUCGUAUUUUGGCCGUAAAAUUUUGCACGAAAAUGCGAAUUUCUAUUCGUUGAGAGACAGAGAGAAUGGUAAGAACAAAGAAACGGAUGACACAGCGUUUAAAUGCGUGUACAAGGUAAGUCACGUAAGACUCGAUUUCCCUGUCGCGAGCUAUUUGACGAAGUUGUAGUCGUUAACUCAACCGUCUCGUAACAUCUGUCGAGCGAAAUACAAUCGGGGGAAUCAGCAGUGCGGAUACGAUUAUCUAAAAUCUCGGUAGUAACUUCCGGACCGUCUCCGUUCGAGCGCGCGGGUGCUGACCGCCAACAAUCUAUCAGAUUGCCACGAAACGGGCGGCAAACACACUUAGUCCUAGUCAUUGGAUCUGAAAACUGGGUACACUCGCGCCGACAAAGAUAGAUCGUGAAAUUUCGCUGACGAAAGAACGGGAACGCUAAUUGUCCAUUCCUGUUUUGGUACUGCCGGACUUACCGCCGCGCGAUCCAUCUUCUCUGACAUGAGCAAUUACUCACCCGUGCGCAAUUAACAGAAACUCUUUGCCACAAUAUCUCGUCGAUCUCGCAUUUUAGAGCAUUUUCGUGUACGUUAAUUUCUAUUUUUCUUUUUCUUUUACGUACGGCAUACGUAAUAUUGAAAAUUUUUGCAAAAUGACGCGAGAAAGAUUUGACACUUCGGAUUUACGAUACUUCGGAUCACGCCGGAGAUUUUUAAUUGCGAUAUUUUAGCUCGAGUUCGACGCUUUCGCGCACUCGAGGCACUCCUAGCCGACGAGACAUUGUACAGAUGUCUGUAUACAUUACAACGUAUCUAUCGCAAGCACGAUGCGAGAAGAAGUGCAGAACAUUCGGAGGCGACGGGUGUUAAUCCGGGCAACACAAAUGUUUAAAAGGCACACGUCUAUUUCGAUCUUUUCUGCUCUCGUCUCUUAAUUGCGAGUUCCGCACGACUCAGGCCAAUUACUGCCGUGUUUUAUAUACCGUGAAUAUUCAUCACUAAAUAUAACGGGCGUGUGUCCGGCGCACCUCGUCGCCGCCUGUGAAUACGAUUCGAAGGCUAUUUGAACAUUUUUUUAAUUUUCUACCUGUCUGAAAAAGGGUGUUCGGAAUUUACCUACUUCGCUUGGCGAUCGGGAACGCCGAGCGUGCGCCGUCUUUACGCAGCCCCGAGAACCUAUUCGGAUACGCAUCGUUCAUAAAUCAGAGUUUGUAAUGGCUCUACGCCGCUAAAACAGACAAUGACGCGUACUCUUCGGACCUUCGGUAGCGGGCAGAAACAAUGCGUGAUUUAUGAUCGAGGCGAGUUAAUAUUCUUUUUUUUUUUCCUUCAGCGGACAACGAUAUUCAUUGAUAUUAAUAAUAUCGGCUCGCGACGAGCGCAAGUAUCUCCCUCCCCCCCGUUCCCUCCCCUCGAGAUUAAUCACUUUUAACAAUGGAACGUCGUAGCUGCGCUAUUACGCGGCAAUUUUACGUUCUAAAACGAUUUUCGUCAUUUUUACGGCAGGUUUUUCGGCGGCCAGUUUUUGAGAUAAUCUUUUACACCAACAAUUCGUUUGUAUAGCUAACGCUAAUCUAACGUAACCGUCGCUAUUUAUUAAAAUAUCUCGAAGAACACGAUUUUAAUCCGUGUAAAAUCUUCCGACUGGAACGAGAAGAAGGUAUCGCGUUACGUUUCUAUUGUGACGUUUCGCGGUAAAAUAUUAACGUUCGACGAGAGCAAAAGCGGGAAGGUGGUUUCUUUCAGCCUAAUGAUCAUUGUGCUCUCUCGAGAUCUGGAUACGAGAAUUCGAGACGUAAUGGCGAACGAGAGAGAGCCUUGGCCUCGCGUUCGUUGCGCCUCGUAUUACCAAAGGACGAUCGGGAGUUUCAUCACGGGAUUUCCUUCCGCGGGUCCUUCUUCCUUCAUUAUUCGUCGGAUGUUAUCGAAUCUAGCAGCAAUCGCUUUUCCGUUUCUUUUAGCAUAAAUCUGCAUCGGCGUCGUCGUUAGCCGGGUCUACGCGGGACGGCCGUUGGUUGGCAUUAAACAUGCAACAUCGUGGCUUCCGAGCCACAAUUUAUCGUUGAUCAGUCGAACGGGGUCCUGUUUCGGUUCUCGGUACGCGAGCACGCGAAAAAAAAAGAACCGCACUUGCGCGUACAGCACGUAAAAACGUUCCGCACGCAAUUCGCGUACACGCAAUUUGUCGACGUGUGCGUCGCUCCGCGCACGAGUAAUCCGUUUGUGCGACCGUUCGGGAGUAGAUCCUUUUACGCAACGUUUCUCCAUCCGAUCGUUUUUUCUAUAAAAGGAAUCGAAUGUCGAUUUCGAUUCGGUCGUUUUGGGAAUACAUUUUAUACUGACGACCGUCGCGGCGGUUUUCGACGUCAGCGACGAAAACGGACGAAGGAUGUAGAAUUAUUUAUGAAUUUUAGUUUUUAAAGCUCCGAAAAUUUUUUUUAAUUGUUCAUGGUUCGAUGCGUUAAAAUAUUUUUUUCGUUCGUAAAGAGAGACUUUAUAGAAGCGUUAUUUUCACUUUAUCAGAGACAGAUUCGAUAUCCCUCGCGUUAUAAGUAUUCUUCAUUUAAUUUUCCGUCGAGGGAAGCGGAUACGCCGAGGAAGGACUUCGUGGAAGGGAACUCUAGAAGGACUCCCGCGAAGCUCUAUAUGUACUGCCAUCAGGGAUACUACUGUUAUCAGGUACAUUAAGACUAAUCAGGAUACACUAACCGCGCAACUGCCACUUUGAAGAAUUCUUUUUUUUUUUCUUAGUAUUAUGUACAAGUAUUAUACGAUUUUGAAGAAAGCAAAUACUUCUUCAUGCUAUACAUUUAGAAUUAUGAAGUGAUUCGUUAUACAGAAUGGAUCAGGCAACGCAAACGGCAUUGUCAACACACAAAUAAAUCGAUCACAAAAAUUGCUUGAAUUACUGAGACACUUUUGCAACGAAGAUCCACCCCGAGUCAAACUAUAUAAAAUACACAUAGUCGCUCGAUAGUACAACGAAUCACCGACUUCGGCUUAACAAUUUUUCGAGCGAUUUUAACGUGACGAGGUGUGCCCUCUUCGCCGGAAGGCACAACACAAUGAUUAACUCGUACGUCGAGCUUUCCUAGACUCGAGAUACAGAUCGCUCUCCACAUCCGGCGCUCUCUGAGGCGUAGCGGGACGUCAGGUUUCGCGUCAGGCCCCGGGGCUUUAUGAUCGCGAGGCGCACGUAAACAGAAUCACGUGUAGGUAGGUCAAGGCAUGUAAUCGAUGUCAACUCGUGACAAUACACACUGGGAAUUCAAUGCCUUCUGAAAUGCCUUUCAAACGCGGCGUUCGGCACGCCGAAUCGCGUAUACAAGGAGAAACCGGACGAUGACGAAGCCGUCGGUCGGUUCCUCGAGUUUGACCCUUUAUAGCUGCAACACGUGUGAUCGCUUUCUCUCAAAAAUUUUCCCUGACAGGGAAAACGGGGACGAAGACGCGACGAAAUAUCACGAUGUUUAUUUUAUGCGAUUCUUUGAAUUCAUCGGUUCCAUAUUGACGAAGGUAUAGAAUAGCAUAAAGGGUCAAAUUAAUAGGAGAGCUUCGAUUAAUAUUUUAUUUUGACCGUUUUACUCGCUUUCUCAUCGCACAAUUCUCAAUUCUGAAAUCAGAAUACGUGGUGUAUAUAUACGAAAUUUCGCGAAUUAAAGGAUUAAUAACGCUCCACAACGAUUUGGUCACCGUUCCAUUUAUUGCCUGUCCCAAAUGUCGGCGUCUGCAUUUGAACAGCGGUGAACGGAUUGCGCGAGCUGUUUGCGUGUGUGAUGUAUCUCGUUAUGACGAUCGAGAAAUAAUCGGGAAUACAAUUUUCAGCGACGAUUCGUUUCGUUUUAUAUAUCCGGACAGACGUAUCGCAACACGAGAAAGUAUAUAACUCGACGGGAUCGUUUUACAUUGUUAUCAGGACAAAGCAUUUCGUUUUGUGAUAUGAUUGUGCAUAACGAAGAACAGCGGCGCAUUUUAAUCGCACGGAAUUGUGAUUGCUGAUCAGAAAUCGAUAUAGGUAGGAUUAGUUGUACGAUGUAGUCGGAUGUAUAGGAUUAUAAACGGAACCUCGCCCGAGUUUUCGAAUCUUGGCGUACGAGAUUGGCGUUCACAGUUGAUUUGGGCGCCGAAAUUUAGUGAUUAGGGAUUAGAAAUUAGGGAAGUCAUUGUGUUUUACGUGCAGCAUCUAGGAAGAGACUGAAAACGCGCGUCCGUUAUUCACCGAGAUCCAACCGAGAUUACCUGAUUUCCGAAUGAGAGUACCUCGUUUUGCGCGAUCUUACUAUUAUCUACUAUUACUAUUAUAUAUACUAUUAUAUCGCGGGAAAAGUGAAAUGAUUGCCAUGUUUCUCAUUUCAUAAAAAAAAAACGCAAAACCCGUCCAGAUAUCGAACAGUACAAUGACUCGCGAUUAACAUUACAAGAAAUGUCACGAGCAGUCUUUCCUUAAAAUCCGCGAUUUAACACCUUUAUGAACAAAAUCACGGGAUAGCUUUUGAGUCGUCAACGAUUUAUGGGCUAAAAGCAUUUUCGCGAAGUGAGUCAAAUUUAAUGUCGAGUCUUUAAAUUUUAACAUGGUUUCCAAUCUCAAGCUCGAUAAUUAACCCAAUUUAAUCUCGAAUAUCGAAAGUUUCAAUAAAUUACCCUUCUCUCAUUCUUUCGUAAAAAAAAAAUGUUACUCCUGACGUUUCAAAUGAUAGCUGCAAAUUAUCCUGCGGAUAACCACGAACUCGCUUGUCAAUUUUUGAGAAUCAAUCGAGUUAUUCGCAAUCAGAAUCAGGUCGUCCCAGAAAAUCUCGUUAGUUCCUCCUUCUUUUUAUAUAGCGUAUACGAUUGCAAAAUGACGUCACGGCUCGGCUAGCUCUUCUUUCCAGUCUUCAUCAAAGAAUCCGACGUAACUGAUUAAUCGCCCCCACGCGAGGAAUUAAUCCGCCGCGAUUCCGUGUCGGCACGAGGAAAUCGAGCGGCUGGACCGGCGACGUUAUUAGCUGUUUGUUAACGUGUAUAAGUGUGUACGUUUGCCGCAAUUAAUUAAUUGCGCUGCAAUGCGUGCGUGCGUGCGUGCGUGCGUGCAUGUGAAAAUCCGCCGUAUAUAAUUAAGUGUAUCGACGAGUAACAACGAUGUUGAAAAAGAAAAGAGAAUCACGAUCGCACCGGAUUACCGAGAGAAUAAUUAGCAUAUUUCGCCACACACAACGAUGAAUGACUCGUCAAGUAAAAUAUCGCUGCGAGCGGAAUAGUUCUUCUCUUAUGUUGCGUCCGUUACGGCAGUAAUAUAAAGGACUGCUAUUUAUCGAUUUGUAAGAGCGCGUAUAUUCGUAAGCAAGUCACCGUCACACGGCGGCAUACGUAGCUCAUCACGUGCCGUCGCAUUCUUGUAGAUAACAUCCUUAUCGUUAUUAUUGUCAUACUGUAUUAUUAUCAUGCUAUUGGUACCACCAUCAUUUUUUCUUUUCGUUAUUAUAAUUAAUAUCAUUAUAAUCGUUGUUUUUUUUAGACGAACUAAGCACAUACCGUAGAUGUCAAGACUCUAGCAUAGCAUAAGUCACUGCGAUGUUUACACAUUCGUCCUGUGCGAAAAUUAAUGCGAUGAAAUUAAACAAAUUCCGCGAUCGAAUUGUCAUUGACGAAUUCUUGGGGAGAUUCUCUCUUUUCGAAACUGCCGCAUUCAUUCAAAACGCGCGAAUAUAAUUCUUGCGUAUAUGGAGUGAAAAUAAAUCUUUUGUUUUUUUUUCUUUUUUCAAUUCUGCGAAUACAAUUGGCGAACCAAACGUUCCAAGAGAGAAUGGGAAAAAAAUUGAUUAUUUUUAUAUUAGACCUAAUUGCAAUCUUUCUUCCGGCACGCGAAACACGAAAUGAAGCAACAGGUUUCAAGCUUAGAAUCAGAUGAUACGUUAAAAUUACUCGCGUUCGCCGUCUCAUUUAAUGGCUUUUUGGUCUCGGCUAAACCGCCACGGUUCGCCACACGACGGAUCCCACGCUUAUAUUGUAUAUUAAACCCGUUCGUAAGUUAUGACGAUAGUGUCUCAGAAAGAGUACGAAAUAUUAUGAUAUAAUCGACGAGGACGUAGCCUUAAAGUAAUUUAUUCGAAGUAGAUUGUUUACGUGUGAAGGUGUAACGAUUUAGACACGCAGCAACGCGUACACGUAGCUUGCCAGUACGAGUAGUUAGUUAAGGGAUUUACACUUUGGACUACUCGCGGCUCGAUCUUUCGUACGAUCGAGGAUUCGAAACGACAAAUAUUGUUCGCUAAGCCAAUGCGAAAUAUCUCGCGAGCCAACGAAUAUAAUGAAAAAAAAAAUUGCGUAUAUACCACAUGAGAUUUGUUGUAAAAUAUGCCCCGUUAAAUUCGACGUAGAAUAAUUAUUUAUUAUUCUCCAAUUUGCAGUAAGAGCGCGAGAAUUGCAAAGAAAUUAAAUAAAUAAUGAGUACCGUGAUGUGUCGGACAUCAGCAUAAUUAUAUUAAUUUGCAAACGAUUGUUUAUUGUGCCGCGACAGCUUUGUAAUAAUUAGGUAAUCAUAUAUACACAUCAUAUCUUAUUUACGAUAUAACUCAAAAAUGUUUGAGGUGCUUGUAUAAAAAAAAAAUGAAAAAAAAAGAAGAGACAAAACAGAUAACUCUUUGAAAGAACAUACUAUGACUAAUAAACGAAUUUAACGUUGGCAUAUAUACAUAUUUAUACAACAUUUGUCCAUGUCCAAGUUGAGCGAAAGCAAAUUUACUCGACAUUUUGAUACUCUUUUUUUCUACAUUUCGCAUUUUUAAAAGAUCGGUUUCACUGCCAAAAAAUAAUAUCGCGCGUCGUAAGUGCGAAUUUAAUAAUUAAUAUUUAAAAGCGAAAACUGUUGAAUAUGAAAUAAAAUUACACGUGCGAAAUAAAUUUUUCGAGAAAACGGAGGCUAUACAACAUAGACAAUAGUGUUAACAAUAGUUUUAGCAGCAUCUUAACAGUAACGUCAUUAAUCGUAUAGUAUAGAAUAUAAAGUUAAUAGCAAGCGAAGAAACAUUUAUACAAAUGAUCGUGUGUCCGAUCGUACACCAUUCCUACACAAUGUAUUGUAACAGUAUUUGCUAUUAUAUUAAUGGUAGUAAACAGGAAAAACUGUUAGUACAAAA